AUGAAAGUCACCAAGUGUUUCCGUGGCGUAGACAUGGUGAGGUUUGGAGCAAUAGCCAAGAGAGAGAUACAGUUAUAUCAACAAGAACAAAAUGGCUUCGAAGAAGAGAGACAGUUAUACGAGUUAGAUGAACCCACACCAGAUGAGUUGGAAUGGAUGGCAGAUAGACAGAGAGAAAAACAAGAAGAAGCGGUCUCAACAACAUCCCGGCGCAUUGCCCGUCAAGCGGUCAGGAAGCGUCACCGUGCUGAACUCAUGGUCCCGCACCUGACUGAUCUGAACUUCGUCCUUUACUGGCCACAUUGCUUGCACGCUCACCCUGAGCUGUAUGAGCGUUGGGACUUUAACAACAUAGUGAUGGUUGGCCGCGAAUUAAUAGAUAUCACAGAUGAGGUGGCAGCUGAUAUAUUUUAUGAAGGCGACGCGCCCCUCAAUGAGGCUUCGUUGCAUAAACUUCAGUCAGGUCCUGCCUUAGCCCUGUGUUUGCGUUUGCUUAAUGUACAAUCGACUGAUUUUGCAGCUUUGACAAGAAAAAUUCUAUACGAAGAUGUAGCCGUUGCGCCCCAUGACGAAACGAAGUCUAUUGAAGGAGAUUUACCACUAAUUACUGCAUAUGACUAUUACAAAACCUACAGUGUUUCUAGAGAAGAAAUUUUACAACAGCGACAUGAAGAGACUAAUAGGAUGAGGGAAGAGCUCAAAGAAAAACGUAUACGUCGGCUGUCUGAGAUGCGGAGAUUAGCGUUUCAAGCUAUAGAAGAGGCUGUGUUAGCCAAAAGAACGGAAAGAGAGCAGCACAAGUUGGAACUGUUGAAAAGUGGCAAUUUAGAAGCAUUACAGAAAUUGGAAGACCGACCGGUAGAUGAUGAGGUGGAUAUUGUGGUUCCGAAGGAGUUGGAGGAUGAAGAGGAUUGCUUGUCAGUUGAAGAUGAUCCUGAUGAGUAUUUUCCUCCACCAGGUUUAUUGAUCCCAGGGUUUUAUGCGCCACCUAAUGAAAUAGCGAAAGUCAACGGCCUGGCUAUGUUGUUUCCUAAAUUGGUUCGAGAACGAGUGAUACCCCAAGCGGAAUGUCUGCCACCUCAUGUGUUAGUUAUGCUUGAAAUAACUAAGCGACAGAAAGCUUUAGAGACCAUUACACCAUAUAAAAAUGCUGUGAUACAUAUGGGUAUUUUUAAGGCAACGGGUCCUUACGAUAGCGUUCAUAUUGCAUAUACGGUGAAGCAAUUCGAAACUCUGGAUAAGGUUUCAUGGAAUUUGGACGACUUAAAAAUAGCAUUUAUGCUAUCGGUAGAAAGAGAUGUGCCAUUGCUGCAGUUAGUAGAUCUGAACCCGUUCUAUGUGAGUCGAGAUGCGUUCAUCGGUGAAGAAGAAUGUGCAGCAAUGUUCCCUGUUGAUUAUUCUGAUGAUUAUGACGGGUUUGAAGACUUUGCUAAUGAUGGCACUUCUUAG